UAAAGUCAAGAUUUUUAAACUGUUUAACCGCCUAAAAAUGGAGUCUUGUUUCUGUACGAGGAGGGUUCUGGUUUUCUUGAUUUCUUGUUUGUGGGUUGGCAUGGAAGUUAUUAUUGGGCAAACAGAAAAUUCAAGUGUUGUACUUGUGUCUGAAGAGAAAAAAAGAGUGAUAGAUAUUGGAGCUUUGUACACUGUAAAUUCCGCCAUUGGAAGGUCAGCUGGACCAGCUCUAGUUGCUGCAAUCGAUGACGUAAAUUCCGACACCACCAUUCUUAAAGGUUCAAUGCUCAACCUUGUUUUGCAGGACACUAAUUGCAGUGGAUUUCUUGGCACUGUCGAAGCUAUGCAGCUGCUGGAGAAGAAAAUAGUAGCAGCGAUCGGACCACAAUCCUCAGGGAUAGCCCACGUAAUUUCCCACUUCAUGAACGAACUCCACGUACCUCUUUUAUCCUUCGGUGCAACGGACCCCACACUUUCGUCUCUUCAAUACCCUUACUUCCUUCGAACCACAAUAAGCGAUUAUUUCCAAAUGAACGCAAUUGCAGAUUUAGUAGUUUAUUUCGGAUGGAAAGAAGUCGUUGCAGUAUUUGUAGACAACGAUUACGGCAGAAAUGGAAUUUCGGCAUUAGGCGACGCACUCGUGAAAAAACGUGCCAGGAUUUCUUACAAGGCAGCCUUUAGUCCCACAGCUUCGAUAACCGAUUUGGACAACUUGUUAGUAAAAGCGAAUCUUUUGGAAUCACGGGUUUUUGUCGUACACGUGAAUCCAGAUUCGGGUCUGAAUAUUUUCGCGGUAGCUAAAAGACUCGGAAUGAUGGGGAGUGGCUACGUUUGGAUAGCCACCGAUUGGCUUCCUUGUUUUCUCGAUUCUUUGGACACGAUCGAUUCGAGUAAAAACGAUCUUAUACAAGGCGUUGUCUCUCUUCGUCAUUACACUCGAGAAUCGGACCUCAAGACUAGCUUCAAAAAUAAAGAAUCUUCGAAAUUCAAUUCGUACGCUUUAUACGCUUACGACUCCGUUUGGUUGCUCGCUAAAGCGCUCGAUACUUUCUUGAUUAGCGGCGAAAAUAUCAGCUUCUCCGACGAUCCGAAACUGCAAGAAAAUAACAAUACUACCCUUGAUUUCACUUCCCUUCGUAUUUUCGACCAAGGCGAGAAAUUGCUUAACAUUCUAACUGCAACGAACUUCACCGGCCUAACUGGAGAGGUUCGUUUCGAUUCGGACAAGAAUCUAAUCAACCCAGCUUUCGAUAUUCUCAACUACGGCGGAAGCGGGUCCCGGAGGCUCGGUUAUUGGUCGAAUUACUCGGGUCUUUCUAUUGUUCCACCGGAAAGUUUAUACGCAAUGCCGCCGAAUAAUUCCAUCACUAGUCAGCAUUUAUACAGUGCGAUAUGGCCCGGGGAAACUACGGUGAAGCCUCGGGGAUGGGUGUUCCCUAAUAAUGGGAAGCCUCUAAAAAUUGCGGUGCCUUAUCGGAUAAGUUAUCCCGAAUUCGUGACGAAGGAUAAAGGACCGAUGGGCGCGAAAGGCUACUGCAUCGACGUAUUCGAAGCCGCGGUCGCGUUGUUAGCUUACCCUGUUCCUCAUCAAUAUAUCUUAUAUGGAGAUGGUUUGAGAAACCCUUCUUAUAAUGAUCUCGUGAAUGACGUGGCGCAAAAUAAGUAUGAUGCGUCGGUUGGAGAUGUGACGAUUACUACAAAUCGAACGAGGAUUGUGGAUUUUACGCAGCCUUAUAUGGAAUCGGGUUUAGUUGUGGUGGCUCCGGUGAAGCAGAGUAAAUCGAGUCCGUGGGCAUUUCUAAUGCCGUUCACGUGGCAAAUGUGGGGGGUGACGGGAAUAUUCUUUCUCCUCGUGGGGGCCGUUGUUUGGAUUCUCGAGCAUCGGACGAACACCGAGUUUCGAGGUUCGCCACGUCAGCAACUUAUAACAAUCUUUUGGUUUAGUUUCUCAACAAUGUUCUUCUCACACAGAGAAAAUACGGUGAGCACAUUGGGGCGUUCGGUUCUAAUCCUAUGGCUUUUCGUAGUGCUGAUUAUAAACUCGAGCUACACAGCUAGUUUAACUUCGAUCCUCACAGUACAACAACUCUCGUCGAGAAUUCAAGGAAUAGAUACGUUAAUCUCUAGUUCCGAUCCGAUAGGGAUACAAGACGGUUCGUUUGCGUAUAGAUAUCUUAUAAACGAGCUGAAUGUAGCAGAGUCGAGGCUGAGAAUAUUGAAAAGCCAAGACGAAUAUCUUCAGGCGUUGGAACAAGGUCCGAGCGGUGGUGGUGUGGCUGCCAUUGUUGACGAGCUUCCUUACGUUGAGCUUUUUUUGGCAAGCACAAAGUGCUCGUACAGUACUGUCGGACGAGAGUUCACUAAGACUGGAUGGGGAUUCGCAUUCCAAAGGGACUCUCCAUUAUCAAUAGAUUUAUCAACCGCAAUCCUCCAACUAUCCGAAAACGGAGAACUCCAAAGAAUACACGAUAAAUGGCUCUCUCACGAAAUAGGAUGCUCUAGUCAAACAACCGCCAUUGAAGACAGCCGAUUAUCUCUCAAGAGCUUUUGGGGACUUUUCCUAAUAUGCGCAAUCGUGUGCUUCGUUUCUUUAACAGUAUUCUUCUGUCGGGUUUUUUUCCAGUACACCAGGUACAGCGCAGAAGACGAUAGUCACCACAACAUUGAGCAACCCGAAGAACCCGCUCGCCCUAGUAGAAGAAAUUUGAGGGUAACGAGUUUUAAGGAUUUGAUGGAUUUUGUGGAUAAGAAAGAAGUCGAGAUUAAGGAAAUGUUUCGGAGGAAGACUGAAGAUUCUUCUAGAAGGCAUCUCGAACGAAGUGGGACCGAUUUGCCCUCUCCGAGCAGUUAAAACGGUUUUUUUUUUUUUUUUGUAUACUGACAACAUAUUUGUAAAACCUUUAGUUAGGAAUAUACACGAUGAUGCACGGAUAAGUCGAUAGGAGUACGAUUUGAGAAGUAAUUAUCGAGGAGAAGCAGAUUUUGGAACAUUUUUUUCUUUUCGGUUCGAAGGGUUGACAAGAUUGUAUAGUAGGGAAUAAUUUGCUCGUUUGUCGACUAAUAUAAUAAAUCAUUUUUCUUAAUCA